AAAAAAGGAAGGUACUAGGAUAAAAGAGAUCUUAAGACAAGUGGUAAGAGGUUCUGGAGAGUUCCAUUCCCUCUCUAACGUAUGUUGGAGAGAUAGAGGAAAACAAAAAAUUCUUCUCUCCCAACUUCUUCUUUGAUCAUCUACGAUCUUCAGUGUUCCUGCGUCUUAAGAACGUAGUUUCGAGUCCAUUGAACCCACUUUAGUACCAGUAUUGGCAUGGCGUCGAACAGUAACGAGAAAGGGAACGAUGAUCUGUAUGCUGUUAUGGGUUUGAAGAAGGAAUGUACCACCACGGAGCUCCGUUCUGCUUACAAGAAGCUCGCUCUUAGAUGGCAUCCAGAUCGUUGUUCGUCGAUGGGGGAUUCGGAGUUUGUAGAUGAAUCAAAGAAGAAGUUUCAGGCUAUCCAAGAGGCCUACUCUGUUCUGUCUGACUCCAACAAGAGGUUCCUCUAUGACGUUGGAGCUUAUAAUAGUGAUGAUGAUGAUCAUGACCAAAACGGAAUGGGAGAUUUUUUGAACGAGAUGGCUACCAUGAUGAAUCAGUCAAAGCCUAGUGAGAAUAACACAGGGGACAGUUUUGAACAGUUGCAAGAUCUGUUUAAUGAGAUGUUUCAAGGAGACGCUUCAGCAUUCUCCUCAUCUUCAUCAUCAUGCAAUGCCUCAACUUUCACUUCCUCUUGUAGCUUUGUCUUCGACACUAAUGCUCAGCAGUCACCGUUUGAGCACAACUCGAUGGGGAUGAAUGAUCCUUUCGCGUUUGACCCCAGAGCUCACACCUUCUCUUUAGGGGUGGAACAUCAGCAGGAUUUCAAGAAGGGGAAGAACAAUGGUGGGAGGAGAAACAGGAGGAAGAACAAUGCUCAAUCAGCUACUCACGAAACGUCGUCGUCAAACAACUAUGGAGUCCCCACUUCAUAACUAUUGAGGACCAUCUUUUUGAUAACUUAUCUCCACAUUUGUCGACUAGUCACACACAAGAGGACUGGUUCUGGUCUUCUCAACAAGGAUGCAUCAAAAACUCCAAACGUUGUCGUUUGUAAAACUACCCUUGUAGUUCGUUCUCUCGGAGCUUUUUUCUCUCUCUCUCUCUCUACUUUGUUAUUGAAUUGUUGUCUCCUAAGCAAGAGUCUUUAACACCAUUGUUAUGUAAUACUUGUCCCAGAUUCUUAAUUAGUCAUUGGUUUUCUCAGCAUUUGAUUAUCUAUACAACAACUUUUUGUUUGGUA